AUUGAAAAAGUGAGAUUUUUAUCGAAUUUACGAGCGGAACAACAUAAGGAAAUUCGAUCAGCAAUGAUGACAGCUUUUAUGAGAAAUUUUAAAGAUGCUGAUUGUAUGCUUGUACAAAAUGGUCAUAUCUUCCGUGCUAUAAUGUUCAAUAUUUCAUUAUUUCGAUGGCAACGAGCGCUGGAAUUGGCAGUGAAACAUAAAAUGCAUUUGGAAACUGUAAUCGGUUAUCGACAAAAAUAUUUGUAUGAAACGGGACGGAAAGAAAUUGAUCAGAAUUUUCUGAAGUAUCAAUCUGAGGUGGAAAUUGAUUGGGAUCACAUUCUACAAACUAUACGUGAAGAUGAAGCUAAAAAUUUUUGA